CCUCAUUCACCGCGCUGCCCUGUGCCGAAGAGGCGGCGGCUCUGGAGGUUCUCAAACCGCCCAGUAAAGCGCUCAGCACGGGCCCUGGAGUCCGUGUUCGCCUGGCCUGUCUUAGCUGCACGACACUGGAGGGUGUACACCGGGGGUUUGGGUGGAGUUGUUGCCCGAUCUGAGGAAUGUGACGCACCGAAGUGAAGCAGGCGAGCGGUACCCGUCGGUACUUAGAAAACAGACAAGGUCAGCCGCGAAGUUGGGAGGUACGGAGUGGAAACAGGCGAAACUGGGACAAAAGAACUAUUUGUACAGAGGGUUCAAAUUCCUCUUCUCACCCCUGAGCCCUAACCUUUGACCCCACCCAUCUGCAACCAUGCCACACCGAUCUCAGACUUCAUCAAUUGGUGAAAACCCUCUUGACCCAAACUAUCUGGCACCACAUUACCGUGAGGAGUACCGUCUAGCUAUAGAUGCUCUGAUAGAAAAUGACACCCAGGGCUACUAUGAGUUCCUCCAGACUGCAGAUGUGGUCAAUUUUCUGGCACAGCAAGAAAUUGAAUAUAUCAAGUCAACAAUCCAGGCUCCCAACCAGACCUCCAGCUUCCCAGAGCUGGCAUAUCAUGAGGGAGGUCUAGAGGCUGAUGGCUCCUCCGACACCUACUGGCCAAUGCAGUCCGACGUGCCUGCCCCAGGGCUGGACCUGGGCUGGCCCCUGGCGCAGCACAGCUUCAUGGGUCCCACAGAGGUCACCACUCUUGUCAACCCCUCCGAACCAGACAUGCCAAGCAUCAAGGAGCAGGCCAGGAGACUUAUCAAGAAUGCAUGCCAAGUUAUUGCUGUGGUGAUGGACAAGUUCACAGAUGUUGACAUUUUUGCUGACCUCUUGGAUGCAGCAGCACGCCACGUUCCUGUUUACAUUCUACUGGAUGAGCUGGAAGUCCAUAACUUUGUCUCUAUGGUCAUCAACUGCAAAGUCAACUUGGACUUAGUUCCUAUGAUGCGUGUCAGGACUGUGGUAGGAAUAACCUAUUAUUCCCGGACAGGGAAAUCAUUUAAAGGGCAGGUGAAAGAUCGUUUCCUACUGACUGACUGCAGGGCAGUACUCAGUGGCAACUACAGUUUCAUGUGGUCCUAUGAAAAGAUCCAUCGCUGCAUUGCCCACCUCUUUCUCGGGGAGCUUGUUGCCACCUUUGAUGAAGAGUUUCGCAUUCUCUUUGCUCAGUCAGAGCCUCUAGUCAUUGGCCCAUCCAACGGAGCACUUGCUGUCUCUGACACCAGCAGCACCAGCAGUUACUUCAGCAGCCAGUUGGGUUUUAAAAGGACCCAGUCUUUGCGUAAUCCCAUAGGUUACCGCAGGCAGCCUGAGACUCCCUCUGCCUUCCCCUAUGGAGACUCUGGUAAUCUUGCACUUCCUUUCCGGAGGAACGACCCAUUUCGUCACACCAUUGAACCUGGGGCAGGAAUUACAAUUGGUAAAUAUUCCCAGCAGCAGUUUCGUCUGCAGCAGUCGUUCCUGGAGCAGGGAAGGUCCAUAGUUUCUAGGCAGAUGGAGAUGAGUUCCAGUGGCUUCAAGCGGCACAGCUAUGCAGAGGGAACCCAGGAAAACUACACAUCUUCAAGGCAAUACAUGAAGCACAGAGUCAUGAAUAAUCUGAACGAGACAGACUUCCACAGGGAGCAGACCCAAAGUAGCCAUUACUACACUGAAGGGCCUGGGCCAGGUUCUGGCCACGGACACUACGACAGACUUCGAGGUUGUCCUCCAAACCUCUCCAUUGACCAGUAUUCAGACUCAAGCUAUCGCUCAGAUCUGGAGCCUCCACCUGGAAACUAUGGCCGAGAUUACUUUUCAUCUGAGGACUUGAGGGCACCUGAGGGGCAUCUGGCACCUCCAUUAGCUGGGAGGUAUGGAGGAGGUUCCUCCCAUAAGAGGCCAACCAUAGGGCAGGCGUAUGCCUGUCACACCUCACCCACGCAGCCCCACCCACCAGAGAAGAAACAGUUUCCCAAACAAUCUGAGGAAGUGCAUGAUCAAGAUGAUGAUGCUAGGCAAGGCCUGAGGAGUUGGCGAAUUCACUCCUAUCUUAGCGCUUAUGAGGACAGUGGAGAAGAAGGUCUGACUCAACCUAUAGGGCCUGAUACAUUUGAAGAUCCUCCUGCAUCUCAGCACCUAACUGCGACUGAAAGUUCAGCUCCCCACUUUGGAAUUAAAGAGCCUCCGAAUGUUCCCCCUAAACCCAGACCAGAUAUCCUGAGACCACGCUUUGGAAAGCCCAUCUUACCUGAGAGCAACAGUAAAGACUCUGCCCCAACAACAACCAAGGAUCUGCUUCUGUCGGUUGAGAGGGAGACGGCGAAGGAAAGGGAGAGUGAGCCAGAGCGGGGUGCAGCAAGGGAGGUGGGUGUGGAUGUGGAGAUGAAAGAGGCUCCAGAUCUCCUCCGGUCCAAACAUGAAUCAUUCCGCUCACGUGUUAACCCACUCCUCCAGCGUAGCUCUCGUCUGCGUUCUUCGCUGAUUUUCUCAUCUUCCAAGGCAGAGAUACACAGUAGUAGCCUGGGCUUAAAACCAGCCACAGAGGAAGAAGAGGAGUUAGACUCAAUACGCACCUCCUCAAUUGUGGCCCAGAUCCUAGAAAAGAGGAGGUCUCGGGAGCCUUUUGAGUGGAGAAAGAAGGCUGAGGAAAUAGAUAAGGAGAAAGAAAGGGAGAAUGAGAAUGAGAAUGAGAAAGAAGAAAAAAAGAGGGAGGCACAGCAAGAGAAAAUGGAGAUUCGAUUGACAGAUGAGAUAAAAGCAAAAGAGGGGCCUGAGAAAACUAAUGAAGAGGUCUCAUCUCUGAACAUGAAUGACCCAGCCAGUCGACUACAGUAUUUCAAAGAGCUGGCUGCCAAGAGAAAAACCUCAAACGUGGGGACAGAGUCAUCGCUAAAAGACCCAGAGCCUGCUGAAAAAAAGCCAGACCUUUCUGAUAAACCCCCCCUAAACACUGUGACGACUCCAAAGAUCCGAACUGUCUCUCUUAGUUCAGCAGAAUCUGAACCAAAGAAGCUAGACAUCUCUGCAAAACUGGCAGAGCUCACUCGCAGACCUUCGAUUAGUUCCUCAAAACCACCCAUAAUCUCUGCCAAGCCUUCUGCGAGCUACCUGAAGACUUCAGAGACAACUCAACCUCAUAAAGAGGAGAGUGCAUCAGAGGGUCAAAAGAAGGAUAUAUUCAAGUCUCUAAAGCCCCUUCCUUCACCUAAGAUCUUUAAGAGGGACCCGUUGAAGAUCAAAGGACUGAAUCCUCGUCGCAUCUCUUGUGGUGAGGAGACUCUGACCACAGACGCUACAGAUGCAGAGAAGAGUGAACUGAAAAAGAGCCGCUCUCAUAGUUCUUCAACUCUGCCUCGUGAUGACGUUAAGGAAGGACUUCAAAAAGUUAUGGGAUCUAAUACCUCCAUCAACACACUUGGGGAGGGAAAGGGUGAGGGUAAGACACUUGACUUCUUAAAGAAGCAGACUCAGAGGCUAAAGGGAUUCCUGGGGCCCAAGGAUAAAGACAAGAAGUCUUCAGGAGACGAUAGGGGCAUGACCACCGUCAUAGAGAUUACUGGAGAUUCAAGCAAAAGUUCAACAGCUAAAGAUACAGGAUCUACCACUACUGACCAAACUGCAGCCAAUCACAAGUCAUCAACCGGCACAUCAGGCCCAUCUCGAUACCAGGCCCCGGGCAGCUCUGUUCUGUUCAGUAGCAACCUACGAGAUGACACCAAAGUCAUUCUAGAGCAGAUCUCAGCCAACAGCCAGAAGAACCGACAAGAACGAGAAGAAACAGGAGGAGGCAGAGAUAGUGAUGCUGGGGAGAAGGGGCUGGAGAGACAGAACUCUAUCAAAAAGAAUCGAUUUCUGCGACCGCAGGGCAGCGUCCAGGAGCGGGAGGGAUUGCUGAAGAGGAUAGAGAGUUUGAGGAAGGAGAAGAAGGUCUACAGUCGUUUUGAGAUGGGGAAUAACCUGGGAUAACGAAAAAGAUGGAGGAGCAACCUUUUAUAUGGAAACUAUUUAUGCAAGAUGAUCAAAAAGACCCAUUGUCCAUAUGUGCCACUGACACAUUCAAAGUACCUCUGUGGCUCCACGAUGCAGCCUCUCCUGGAUUUUCACAAAAAGUAAUAAAACUUGAAUAUAUAAAAAUGCUGAAAACAAACUUAAGUCAUUGAGUUUGGAAUGUGCCUGUAUGCCAAGACCUGCUACUACUGUUACCAUAUAUGGUGACUGAGAGAAAGAAGAGUGACACUACUUGCAUACUGGUUUUGUGGGCUAAUGUUUCACGAAAAAGAAAAGGGUAGGGGAGAAUGUGUCCUUUGGGAUUCACCGUGUGCCAAUGGCCCACCAAGGGCAUUACCAAGGUUAGAAGGACUGUUAUUAACCCAAACCACAAAGCGAAGCUGAGAAUAUGAAGAGGAACAGAAUGAGAUGCAGAAUUGAUGAAGGGUGAAAAUAUAAGGGCAAGUCUGUGAGAUUAUAGAGAAUGAAGAGUGAGACAAAAAAGGGAGAAAGUAUGUUUUCUAACGUUGAGGCGGCAGCAAUAGAGCUUCCAUAGAAAGUAGAGAGUGUAGCGAACUUUACCCUCUCAAGAGAGAGUAUGUACCUUUCUAUUAAGGUGUGGACCCAUUUCUCAGGGUUGAAUUCAGAGAGGAGACCUACAAGCUUUUAUGGUCAGAGGAGUGGCAUUAAAAAUAGUGUACUAGUCUUUGCCUUGAGUAAUUUAAAUAAAGUAUUUACAGUUGCCCUGAAUCACUGUAAAAAGUAGACAAUUUUUAAAUGACUUAAAAGCGUCCACCCGUUUCUCCUUCCUUGCCAGACUUUUAAAUUAGUGAGGACCUCUAAAGGAAAGGAAGAGAAAAGGGAUAGCUGCCUUUUGUAGUACCGGAGCAAGGUCAUGUGUCCUUAAAUAAGUCACCUAACCUCUGAGGCCGAAGCCCUAUGCGGGACUCUUUAGUCCUGUGUUGAUCUGUAAACACGAUUAAACCAAAGAUAUUGUUCUAUGGUGCAGUUCCCAGACUGCUUGACAGCUCAGCUGGGCCUCAAACUGUUUAGUGUUUAUUGUGUAUUUGUACAGUUCAUCAAAAGAUUGGAAGAACUAUUGCUCUUUGGACACUUAAGGGGUUACGCUGUUUUCUAUGCGGGAUUGUAAUGUACAUAUUUAUAUGAAUAUGGCUUGGUGAUAUUCUAAGUAACAAAUUAGAUUAUCACCCUCACUGUCUUAUCAAAGUGCCUUGUGUUAUUAAUUAAUAUGUGGUCGUGGCUGUAAAAACUAAUUGGCAUUAAUUGGUGGGAAAUCAGACGCACGUAUUCUUUUUUAUUUUUAAACCUAAGAUAGUAUUACAUCGUAUUUGAAAUACUGCAAAAGUCUUUUAUUAAAUCUGUUUAAAACUGAA